AUGGCCACGGAAAAGAAGAAGAUUGCCAUCAUUGGCGCCGGACCAGUGGGCUGCGCCUUCGCAGUGCAUCUGGUGAAGGCCGGACACGAUGUCACAAUUGUAGGUCGUGGCCAGCGACUUGCGAGCGUACAGGCAUGUGGCGGUGUUCUCACCAAGAAAUCGGACAAAGCCACGGAUAUCUCGAAGACUCCUGUCGUUGCUGUUGGAUCCCUCGACACUGCACAACCCUGGGACCUCGUCCUCCUGACCAUCACCGAGCACCAAUUUGACGAGCAAUUGUUUGCCACGCUCAAGACAUGUUCAAAGUCAACCGAGAUUCUGUUCAUGUUCAACACAUUUGCAUCACUGGACAGAUACUUCGACGUUUUGGGAAAGGAACGCUGCAUCAUGGGAUUUCCAGCGAUUUUGGCCUAUUUCCAAGACGGAGCAUUAGUGCACCAAUUUAUAAGUUUCGGCCAAAUUACCAUCAUCUCAUCACCCAAAUGGCGCUCCAUCUUCUCGUCAGCCGGGAUCAAAUGCGUCCACGAGCCUGAUAUGCAGAGCUGGCUACGCACACAUGCCGCCCUUGUCAUUGGUGCCAUGAGCGCGGCCGUUGCGGCUGCCAAGAAGAAAUCGGGCGUGACAUGGGCAGAAGCAAGUCUCAUUGCCGGAGCGGUCAAGGAAGGGCUUGCACUGGUCCAGAAGCUGGGAAAUAAUGUCACACCCCGAUGGAUAUACUAUCUCGGUGUUGCGGCGCCCAGUUUCGUGCUGACCGGGCUGCUUUGGGUUGCGACGAGAGUACCGAGUGUGCGCAAUAACCCCCAAGCACUGCCAAAGUGGGAACCAGAGAUGCUUGGUCUUGUCGACAGCAUCAUUGCAGCGGCGCCUUCUGAAGACGACGUAAGACUGAUUAGCCAGCUGCGAGCAAAGUAUAUAUGA